ACCAGACCCGGACGCUCUUUGGACGGCCGCAAACAGCCACACUCGGGCUACUCGAAUUCGUCCAAAUGGUGUUCUCUGCACCGGCACUCUAAGAAAGAUCAUCGUCAUAUCAAGCCGAUUGCCCCAGGGUUGUGAUUGACAUCCGAUUGCAUAUACCGAACCCAGCACGGAACAUUGUAAUCUCUUCGGUCGUGCUCGGCCGAGCCAGAGAAUCGCAAACAUGCCGGGCGACACAUCCUCUUCCACCUUCCGCAACACGCAACGAGCUCCACGCAGCUGCCGGUCUUGUGCAUCUCGCAAGGUCAAGUGCGACAAGUUGAUACCCUGUUCUACAUGCGUCCGACGCGGAGACGCCGAAUCUUGUGCCCGAGAGAUGGUCAUGGUGCGGGGCAUGAUUACUAGUGCGAAAGAUCCAUCCAGUAUGCCUAGCUACCAGGAGCUUCUGGAAGAAAACAGCAGGUUGCGCAAUGCGUUAGGUGCAGCCAACAGCACAGCUCUCGAUCGGCCCGAACCUCCGCUUCCUACACGGCGGAGAAAGCCCCAGCAUUUACUGGAGAGUCCCGAUGUUCUGGAAAAGAUGCUUCUCGAGCCACCGCCUCAACCACCCCAGUCGAACAAAAAGCUCGAGUGGGCUCACAUUAUUCUACCUAGUCGAGAAUCCAGUGAGGCUCUUGUCGCAUUUGACAAGAAAUGGAACUCUUGGGUUCACUAUGCGCUGGAGUAUCCGACCUUCGAACAUGAGCAUACAAGUUUCAUGGAAUCAAUCGAGAACGGAGCUUCUCUAUCAGAUUUAGAUCCCGCAUGGCUUUCGGUUUAUUUCAGUGUCUUAUCAGCGGCUCUUCUCAUGGCAGAUGAAGACUAUGCAUUGGAAUUAAACCUACCAGGCGACCCUCAAAGACUACUUCGAAACUGGUACGAAGCAUCAUUGCUCUGUCUUAACCGAGCUGAUUUUAUGCGCAAAAACAAUGUCCGCACCGUCCAAACAAUCGCCAUCCUCGGCAUGUGUGUAUAUAACUUUGGCGAUUCGGAGCUUAAUAACCAUCUUUGGAGCUGCGCCAUCCGAAUCGCACAGGCACUUGGGCUUGAUGGCUCUCGUUCGGAUUCGGCAUGUAUGCCAUUGAGUAAAGAGGCCCAACGAAGGCUGUGGUGGACUCUAGUGAUAUGUGAAUGGCUCUGUGUCCCAUAUCACGUUCCGCAGGUCGACGAGGCAGAUUUUCAUGUUCCCCUACCGUCAAUAGAUCCCAUGGGGGACCACAUACAACCUGUGCAGUACCACAUCAUGAUGGCUCGCACAUCCACGGUUUACCACAGGUUCCGCGAGUCCUUGCGAAGAGGUGGCCGUUCCGUUGCAGAAACAGUGCACCUUGCAGACCAAGAGCUAGCGGAGGUGAUAAACUCACUCCCUGAACACCUUCAACCCGACGGUGGCAAAAUUCCAGACAUGGAUCAACUCGAAAUGGAGCAUCCGUGGAUCAAAUGGCAAAGGUUUGAUGUCAGCCUAGUUCUUCUACAUCACAGACUGCGAAUCCACCGAGCCCUUCACAAAGAUUGGCUCGAUUCCCCAGGUCAACAUGACGGGGCAAGGGCGGUAUGCAUUCGGUCAGCAAGGGAUAUAAUAUGGAUCGCCCACAACUGGGACCAACCAGCAGCGAUGAGACGGCAAUGGGCAUUAUCACUUCAUGUGUUCGUCGCGGCGACAUUUCUACUGCGGGAAUCAAAAGCAGCAUCCCUCCCAGAUGAGGUCAAUUUUGAUGAAGAAUUCAGGAUGGCUAUUUCCUAUCUUGAUGAGACAAAGUCACGAAACAUGGUUGCGGAUAAGGCGGGCAAGAUCCUACGAAGAGCUUUGGCAGGCGAUGGCCUAUGGGAAUCAGGAAUAGAUGUCGAAUUUUGAUAUUCAUACAUAAAUAGAAACG